UGGUUAGUGCGGUUAGUUAGCCGGUGCCGUUUACGUAGAAUGCGCGUGUCCGUAGACGCAGGCGCAGCUAUGCAUAAUCGUAAUUGACAUCGAAGAAAUAGUUCAACAACUGACGAAAUAGACUUAUUAUUCUUGUUUGACAUCGAUACAAUUCAAUUAAAAGGAUUUAAACUGAACAAUAUCUUCGAGAAACAUAAAGUAAAUAGAAUUCGACGUUAACAAGUUGAAAAAUUGUGACAUGAAGUGUUAGAAAGAUUGAAAAGCGUUGAUCGAAAUUCAAAAUGUCGAGCAUCCCUUUGGUUCGUCGCGCGAUUGCUGGGGCAGCUUUGGCCCACACAUCUGCAGCCAACGAUGUGGUGCCGUUGGACAUGAGUCCAGAUGAAGGCAACCAAUGGACCCCUGCGGCUUUGGAAAGAGCCGGCUCAACUUUGAAAGCCCUAAAUCGCAUGGCGAAAAGACCACCCGUGCACAUACUUUUUGAAGAUGUUGGAUUCACUGUCAGUUCGGGAAAAGGAGAGCGUCGGAUACUUCACAACGUGUCGGGCGAGUUCCGUUCCGGGGAGCUGACGUGCAUCCUGGGACCUUCUGGCGCUGGCAAAUCUACGCUGUUAAACAUUCUUGCAGGAUACACUUCAAUAGGCGUGAACGGCCGCAUCACAGUGAACGGGCACGCGCGCGACAUGCGAGUGUUCAAGAAGCUGAGCAGUUACAUCAUGCAGGAUGACCUCCUGCAGCCCAGGCUCACCGUCAAGGAGUCCAUGAUGAUCGCCGCUGAUCUCAAACUGGGGAAGGAGCUAGGGAGGCCGGAGAAAGAACUUAUUGUUGAAGAAAUCCUUCAAACUCUCGGACUAUGGGACCAUCAGAACACCAUGUCCCAAAAACUAUCCGGAGGCCAGUCCAAACGUCUGUCCGUAGCAUUAGAGCUGGUCAACAACCCACCUAUCAUCUUCCUGGACGAACCUACCACAGGCCUGGAUAUAGUGUCAAUACGUCAUCUGGUAGUUCUUCUAAGGCUUCUAUCUCGGCAAGGGAGAACAAUUAUAUGCACCAUCCACCAGCCCUCCGCUUCCUUAUUCUCGCUGUUUGACCGAGUUUAUGUGUUAUCCAGAGGACUAUGCUGUUAUCAGGGCGCAGCGCCUCUCCUCGUCCCGUUUCUAUCGGAAAUCGGUCACGUGUGUCCGACGACACACAAUCCGGCCGAUUUCGUGUUGGAGACGCUGCUGAGUGAUAUGGAAGCAUCAGCACAAAUGUCGGAACUCUGCCAGAACGGAAAGCUGUGUAGGAAGCUUGAUCGGCUAACUGUGAGAGGAGGACGGAAACCAGUAUUACAUUCAGACGAGUCAAUCCAGAGGAUAUUCGUGGAGCAUGUCGCCAAAGAACAAAUGCAGAAGAUGGAGUUCCCCACCACGUUCUUGACACAAUUCCUGAUUCUGAUAAAACGAAUGUUCACGCAGACAAUCAGAAAUUCGCUUAGUUUAUGGAUUCAACUGUUGCACCACGUAAGCGCGGCGGUUCUCCUCGGUGGCAUAUUCUUCCUCAUCGGCAAUGAUGGAAACGCGCCGAUCGCCAACUUCAAGUUCUGCCUGAGCUGCGUAGUCUUCUUCAUGUACACCUAUAUCAUGAUACCUGUACUAUUGUUUCCAAUGGAGUUACGGAUGCUACGUAGGGAGUAUUUCAAUCGCUGGUACAGCUUGAAGGCGUACUACGCAGCGCUAACAUUUUCAACUUUGCCAUUCAUGUUCGCCUUGGGCACGUUGUUCAUACUCAUCGGCUACCUGAUGUCGGGCCAGCUGCUGGAGUUCGACCGCUUCGUACUGUUCACCAUCAGCGGCAUAUUGACGGGAAUCUGCUCUGAGGGACUUGGUCUGCUCGUCGGCUCUACAUUCAGCGUUACUAACGGCUCAAUCAUCGGUCCGGCGACUGCAGCACCCCUCUUGGCUCUGUGUUGUUAUGGCAUGGGCUUCGGACCAUACAUCGAGUGGUUCAUGAAGCUGCUUAUGUCCUUAUCGUACCUACGCUACGGCCUAACCGGUUUCUGCCUCGCCUUGUACCAAAAACGCCAACUUAUGGACUGCAAUACUGAUUUCUGCUUAUAUGCUGAUACAAAAAUCCUUUUGAGAGACUUGGGUAUGGCGAAUGACAACUACGGAACCCAGAUAGCUGGUCUGCUUGGAUUUACUGUAUUGUACAGACUAGUUGCGUACUUUAUGCUGAGAUAUCGUCUAACGGCCGAAUAUAAGAGCAGAUUCAUGACCUAUGUUAGCAAAUUUUUGAAGCAUAGAUAACCUAACCUAGAUAGACCUUGUAGAUGCUUUGUUACUGAUUUAAAUUCACAUAUUAGAGACUAUAGGACAGGUACCUACUCUGUCUCACUGAGACGCUCGUAAAGGCACGGUUGCGGGAGAAUGACAGUUGAUGUAAAAAUCUAGGAAUUCAACGUCGCGGUGACCCAACUCCAUGAGCUGUUUCAGUCAAGCAGUACACCAUACUUAGCCAUCGAUAUUAGAACUUAACCUGCCAGACUGGUUAAUUCUGGAUAGGUAGACAAAAAAUUAGAUAAUUGUAGCUAUACUGUUUCACUGAGAUGAGUCGUGAGGUAGGGCACAGGUUGCGGGAGUGACCGUCAACACUCAACGUCACUUUUAUGUCAUCCUCCGGCAACUCCUACCUACCUCACGAGCCGUUUCAGUCAAACAGUACCUACCUACACCUAUCUUUAAAAAGUUACGAAGUUUUUAUGUAUUAAAAAUUGAUAUUUGACCUCGUAGUUAAUUAAGAACUAAGUACUUUUUAAUGCAAUUUCAAUGAAUUACUAAUUAGAUAGGUGAAAUAUUAUUGUAGGUAGGUAUUGAAAUUAGUUGAUAAUUGGGUAGGUAGACCGUAGGAUGAAAUAAUAAUUUAUAUAACUAUCUGUGAUUUUUUGUUUAGCUUUAUGUACGAAUUAAUUAUUAAGUAAAAUUAUGCACUAUAUUGAGAUGAAUUGGACAUUUUUAUUUUGUUCUGCUGGAUUAAAAAUCAAUGGAAUCAAAAUAUUUGAAAUAAAAUUGUAUGACAGAAACAAGAGAUACCUAUAGAAUUAUUAAAUGACCAAUAAAUACUUAAUAGAAUAGGUGAGUAAGUUUGUUUGAAUUUAAUAUUAAGAUUUUGUCACAAAAAUUGUUAAUUAAGUACUUAAGAAUAUAAAAUAUUGGUGUGAGAAAUAAAAAACUGAAGUUAA